GAGGACUAACGAAUUCUUGUGUCAAAUCAUAAAUCAUUUUGCAAAUAUUGGAAAAAACAAAAAAAAAUUAAAAUUAUUAUUUUGACAAAUUACUUCGGUAUGUGUAUAAACAUAAUAAUUUUUUUCCCUAAAAAUGCACCAGGAGAUUCUUUCAAUUAUGGAAAACAUAUGCUUUAAUUGUUCAAUUUAUUUAUCAACUAGGGCGGCAUACUACCUGUCAAAUAUCCCUGAUUGACUUCAAUUAGCGAUUUAAUUUUUCGUUUUUAAUGUAUUAUUCUUUCUGUCAGAAGAGGCGCUUUUUUUCUUAUUUAUUUCUCUUUUUUUAAAUUUUCCUUAAACUGAAUAACAAGUGCUUCUUAGUAAGGAAAAGUGUAUGUACGAUUAUCUGUUAUUUUCAAUACAGUUGAUAACAGGGCGUAGGUUAUCAGAUUGAUCGCGUGAUUCUUUAGCAGUAUAUCUAAUUACACAUACAGAUUAUUACGCUCAAUGUUGGUUAAUUAUGAUCUUUUAUUAACGCAUUUUUUAAACCAUUUUGAAAUACCUUUUGUUCUUGACAUGAAUUAGUUUUUGAUUGUCCUGUUCAAAACCUAUAUAAAGCAUUGUCUUGCAUGAAUGUGUUCAAAACGAGGGAAGGACGAAGGGUGAAGAGAGGCAGCACUCAUAUCCUACUUCUUUAUCAUGACGACGAAAAAAGAAAUCGUUUUGAAACCGAUGGUUAAAUUUGGUGUUGGGGUGGUGUUUGGAGUUGGUAAAAUUGCUGUGCUCAUACCUUUCACAAGAAAGAAGAUAUACAAAGCAAUGAGGACAGCAGCUAGAACAGAUAAAGAUGAUGACUUCAAAGACACGUUGUUUACAAAACCAAUGUACAAAACUCUUGUAAAACAAAUAUUAAUGGACAUCUCAAAACCCUUGAAGAUCAAUUCGAUUGUACCUAACUUGCCACUUUUCCAGAUUAAACAAGAAUUAUCUACAACAACAACACGAAAAGCAUAUUUAAAUGAUAUUCAACGAAAAGGUGUUCCAUUGGUUAUCUCCUUUGGUAGCUGUAGCUGACCCCCAUUCAUGGCGGAAUUGAAGCAAUUUCUUGAUCUUUGUGAAAAAUUUCAAGGGAUUGUUGAUUUCGCCAUAAUAUAUGUUGAAGAAGCACACCCAGCGGAUGGGUGGAUUGUCAAGCAUCAACGAUUAUUACCAGCUCAAAAUAACAUUUCCGAUAGAAUUAAUGCUGCGAGUGAGUUACAGAGUAUGUGUCCCAACAUUCCUAUGUACGUAGAUCCAUUCGAUAACAAGAUCUGCAAAGCUUUUUCUGCAUAUCCAGAACGGUUAUACGUACUACAAGACAAUGCUGUAAGAUACCAAGGUAAAAUGGGACCGUUUGGUUAUUCGUUAGAUGAAGUUGAAACUUGGUUGGUAAAGAAUACUUAAGAACUUUAUUUUUUAAAAACUGCCUGUCAUUUUAGUUGUUCUUCUCAAACUAAUAAUUGACCUGAUCUUGGUUCAGCUCAUAAAAUUUGCACCAUAAAAUGUUCCUGUAAUUUUCUUGUCUAUUCAAUCAAUCUUAUAUAAGAAUCCUUUUUAUUUCUAUAUUUGCAAAUAUGUCUAUAAAUAUAUAAAUAUGUAUAUAAGUAAUAGUAAUAAUUAUUAUGAGGAUAUUUUUACGGUUU